AUGUCAAAUUAAUAAUCAGGUAAUGAGAAAUCUAGAAGCAAAUCCUAAAAACUAUAAACCAUGAAAGUGAAUGAUAAAAAUUAUAUAUUAUUGGAUAAGUAUUUCUACAACCCUGAUGAUGUGAUUGGAGAAGGGGCAUUUGGCAAAGUCUAUCGUGGAUUCAAUUUCUAGGCACAAAAUAAAGAAAAUGACAAGGAAUGUGCAAUCAAGAAGAUGGAGCUUCCAGAAAAUAUGGCAUUAAUGAGUGAUAGAGAGAAGAUGACUUUAGAUGCCGUCAGAAAAGAGAUUUGUGCUUUAAAAUUGCUAAAACAUCCCAAUAUUGUAAAACUUUAUGAUGUUAAGAAAUUACAACAUGUUAUUUACAUGGUUAUGGAACUUUGUAAUGAAAAGUCACUAUCUGAAUUCAUUAAAGAAAAUAAAGAGAUCACCGAACCAGAGAUAAGGUACAAGUUUGGAGAAAUCCUUAAUGGAUUUAAAUAUCUCAGGAGUAAACAAAUCAUCCAUCGAGACGUGAAACCUGAAAAUAUCCUAAUAAGAAAAGGAGUCUUAAAAAUAGCAGACUUUGGAUUUGCCAAACAACAUAACUCAAAAACCCAAUUGCACUCUUAUCUAGGAACGAGAGCCACUAUUGCUCCCUAAGUUAUUUUAGGCGAUUAUACUGAUAAAUGCGAUAUUUGGAGUUUAGGAGCCACUCUAUAUUUUAUGUGCUUUAAGAAAUAUCCUUACAAAGAAUUCUAUGCAAGUGAAAUCAAAUUAAUGGAAUUAAUGAAAAGAGAUUUUAUUGAAUUUCCAAAAACUGGUAUGCAAGUUUCAUAGCCUUUAUAAUAAAUUAUUGUUUAAAUGAUGAGAUAUAGAGAAGAAGACAGAAUAGAUUGGAGCGAUUUAUUUGCCUGUCCUUUAUUUCAAAAUAAAUUAUUAAAAGAAAUGGGAUUAAACAUUUUUGAGUAUCAUGAACCUUAAGAUGAUUCAGUAGAUAUUAAUGAUGUUAAAAUAGACGAUUUUGAUUUUGAAAUGAAUGAUCAUUCAGAAUAAGAAAUAGAAAGAAUCUAUGAAAAUGCAAAUGUGGUAAUUGAUUAGGCUGAAAAACAAAGAAAAAAUGAAGAUAUCUUCUCGAAAUUGAUUAGCAGACUAACUUUUGAAAAGGGUAAAUGUAUGUUCCUUAGAUUAUUAUCUCAAAGAGUUAAAGAAUAUGAAUUAACCUUAGCUAAUAAAUUAAUUUUUGAAAGAAGCAAAGUGGAUAUUUCAGAUCAUCUAAAAUCACUGAGAUUUGGAUUGAAUAAAUUUGAACUUAUAAUCAAUAGAGGAUUAGUGGAAUGGAUGGAAGUUAAUAAAAACUUCAAAUACUAUUGUUGUUGGGAUAUUAAUAAUCCAAUAGGCGUUAAUGAUACGGAUUGGGAAAACUUCUUAACUGAAGGAUUGGACAGAGAGAAAAUUAAAAAAGCACUUGAGAAAGACCUAAAUAUCACUUAACAAUAUGUCUACAGUGCUUCAUAAGACCAAUUAUAGUAGUUUUAAUCUAUGAAUGAGAAAGCAUUUUAAAAAUUGAAUGUUAAUAAAGAAUUCAUGAGUUCAAAUUUUGAGUGCAAUAAGAAUUUUUUUAAAGUUCUUUAUGAUCUAAGUUUAGGGUUAGCUCGAUUACUUUUCCCAGAAAUUGUGAAAAUUAGAAAUAAUCUGGAUUCCCUUCAUAAGGUUCUUCCAACAUUAGUUCUCGUUGAUGAUCUAUUCAUAUUAUUAACUCUUGACUCAGUAUUCUCACAUACUGAUUCUAGUUCAAUGAAUUAUACAGCAUUUUUUGAAUUGAGAAAAAAGAACUAUUCAGAAGAUUAAGUCAUGUAUAAGACUAUGUAUCAAAGAGUGAUGAGAGCAUAUGAAGUAUUUUUCGAAUGA